AUAAACCCUUGAUCCCCCAAGUUCUCACCGCUCCUCUCUCUAAGCUUCAAUGGCUCCCUCUUCUACCUCCCUCUCACCAUAUUGAACUCCAAACCACCCACACCUAACCAACCAUACCCACUCGCAGAUUACCCACAAAUGGUUUUUCUCAGAACCCUCCGUUCUCGCCAUUUCCACACACUCCUAAACCCCCCAAACCCUCCUCCUUCCCAAUACUUCAAAAACCCUACAACCCAAUUCUUCCACAGACCCAUUUCGCUUUCCGCACAAUUCAAAUCCGAAUCGAUCAGCAAUCAACAGACAAAGAAGCCCUUGCACGUUCUGUUCAAGGAAGCCGUUGGAUUAUCCAAAAAAAUCGAACCCAUUGAAACCCAGAACGAACCCGAAACCAAUGAAUUGAAGAAGAGAUUGAGAAAAUUGGAGGAAGAAGUGAGGAGGUUGAAAGAGAAUAGUAGUGAGAAAGUUAAAGUAGAGAAUUUGAAGAAAAAGAAGAUUGAGAAUGAUGAGUCUAGUUCUAAGAGCUUGUACGCCUUGUUUGCGAAUAAAGGAGGUGAUAGUGAGAAAUCUAGGGUUGUGGAGUCUUUGAGGAUGGAGGAUCAAAUGGUGUACAAAGAGCUUUCGCUCGAAUUGGCUCUAUUUGUGAAGCAUUUGUACAAAGAAGGCUACUUUGUUAAUGCUAAUUUCUUGCCCAAUAACAAGUUUGAUAUUACUUGUUUUGAGAACAGUUAUGGCCGUGAUUUUAUUAGGUAUGCCGCAGAGAAGUUUGGCAAGGAUAACCAAGAAAUUGUAAAAUGGUUGUCAGCCAGUGACUUGAAAAAGGUGGCCCUCUUUGGAUGUCCUUCGCUUGGAAGGAAAAAUGUCUUUUCUGCUAAAAGCUUGCGCAAUUUUUUCAGAAUUCAAGAAGACACCGUAUGCAGUAAAUGCGUCUUGAAAUCAUCAUGCAAGUUUGUGAAUCAGAGUGUAUGGAAAGGCAAUAACAAAAAUUUGAAUUUGGCUGUUGUAAUGAGGGUUAUAAUUUUGUACGCCAUGGAAUCUGUUCCUCCACAGUUGGUAGUGCCUGACGAGAUAAAGGCUUCUGUUAGUGUAUUGCUGAAGGAGGUUCUGAACCUAAGCCAAACUCAUGCAUAAAGCUUUUUGACGGUUCCAUAUAUAAAGUGGUCUUUCAGUAUUGUCAGUAUUCUGAUGCACAAAUCUGGGAGAUGAAGUGUGAUGAUCAAAUUUCUACGUUGUUAAUAACUCAUGCGGAGAACGAUGCGAAAGAUUGUUGUGAGUUACAUUACAUCUAUGAAUGAUAUUCGAGGGGUUGGUCAUUUUGCUUGCCAAAAAUAUGUGAAAAGUUGCUCCUCUGUUGGAUUGUGGAAGUGUCAUCUUGGAUUGGCUGGUUAGUGAACUUCAUAAAUGCUUUAGUUAUUUAUGUCUUAUCAAAAAAAAAUUGGGCAUUCAACAAUUGAGUAGAGCUUUUGAGAUGCAUAUGUCAACUUAUUUCUUUAUUAUAUAUGAAUGGCCAUUUUAUCCAUUUUAAAUGUAUAAUGUUGUCAAUGCAUACAAUAAAAUCUGAAGUAUUGGGUACUAAAGUUAAAUUUCAUGAUUGAAGAUCAGAAUUGGUUUCU